AUGGGCAAUGCUGACGUGAGUGACGCAGCUGUGAAGCAAAUCACAGAAAUGGGAUUUCCUGAAGAACAGGCAAUUCAAGCAUUACGAGCAACUGGAGGUGAUGUUAACGAGGCACUUAACUUAAUAUUUCAAGGUGCUGACUUUUCACAAGGUCAAGAGUUACUUCAGCAAGAUGCUCAACUACCAGAUUAUGUGGACCCAGGUUAUAAUUAUCAAGUUGAUGAAAAGAGAUCGAUUCCAAUUGAAUCUGGGCUAAUAAAUGAUAAGAUUCAGCCACCAUCUUAUGAACAAGAGGAAAACCCACCACCAGUACCACCUAGACAAAACCGUCCGAUUCAUAUUGAGGACAUUCAGCAUCGAUCACAAAGUGAAGUCUCAUUAUCAGAUUCAGGGUAUUUGCCAGACUCUGAGACUUAUAAAUAUCAGCAACAAUUACAAGUGGAACCAGAGUACUCCAUUUAUGAAGAUUUGACAAAGUAUCAGAAGCCAGAUGAUGCACCAUCUCUUUUGAUGCCAGUAAGAAAUGGUGUAUUAGAAAGUUAUUUAAACCCUUUCUUAACAGUGUUGCACUCUAUUCCAGCUUUCCGCAAGGCAGUUUACAAUCAAACUUUUGAAACCCUUGGUUUCCAUCCACGUUGGUACAAAGGUGAACUUAUCAAUGUUCCAGAUGGUACAGCUAUUAAAGCUAAGAAUGGUGAAACUUACGAUUUGAGGUUUUUGCUUGAAGUGCAAAGAAUUUUUGCAUUUCUUGAUGGUGAUUCCGGUAGAUAUUUUGCUUCAAUGAAUAAUUUCAUAAGAUCAUUCCCAAAAAUCGCACAGAAAAAAUUUGGUUCCAUAGACAAUAUUUAUGAAGCAUAUGCUGUGUUUUAUAGUGUUUUGGCAUCACAAUUAGACGUUUCAGGUUCUGGUAAUGCUCUGUCAUUUUUUGAGAGUGAACUAGAGGAUUUAGCAGAUGCAAACAAGAAGUUUGGUAUGUUUCACGUUGAAGCUGAAGAGCUCAAGGGGGAUUUGUAUUCAACGUUGCAUAGUAUAUUAUGGGGUGAUGAUCUGGAUAACCAGCAAUUUUUGUCCAAGUUGUCGGAUGUGAUGACAAUGUCUUUUGAACCUUCCUAUGACGAAACUAUCAUAUCAAAAGGUGUUUUAAUUUCGGAGAAAUUUUACCCACAAAUUUAUACUACAGAUUUUAAAGAGACAAUUUCUGAAUUGCUGGAAGAAAGAAACUCAUUUGAUAAAAAGAAAAGAUUGAUAUCAAGGGAAUUACUGAAUCUAAGAGCUUUCAAUGGUAAACAUGUGUCAUCUAUACUUUCAACCUCAAUAGAGUUUUUAAGUUCAGAAUUGAAAAACUUAAAUGAGGAGGAUAAGGAAUUGGCGGAUGCAGUGAAAGAUUUAGAAUCCAUUAAAGCUGAUAACCAUGAAAAAAUCAUUAGUUUGACGGAUAAGCAAAACACUUUACAAGACGAGAAAGCAAAAAUCAAUCCAUAUGAUGUUAAUGCUAUAUUUAAACGUCAUGGAAGUGUUCCUGAACCAUACUUAUUAACGGGUGUGAUACUGAGUAAUAAUGAAUUUUAUUUCUUGAGAAAAGUUAAAGAAGAUUUGAUUGAUUUGGAGCAAAAUCAAAACCAAUGGAUUCGUGUACUUUAUGAACCAAAAUAUGGUAAUGAUCUCAGAUGUUCGGUAUCAAGUUUUGAAGAAGUGCAAAGGGUUGUUCAUGCUACAACACAAGGUCAAUAUGAAACAUCGUUAGUUUUGAUCUAUGUCAAAGAAUCCACAUGGACUACAGAGGUUGAGUAUGAAGUUCCUGAAUCUGUCACAAAUUUUAUUGCGAAAGAUAAGUUAGAAUUAGAGAAAUCAUUGGAAUUAUUGGCAUCCAGUACAGAUGAGGAAUUAAGUGACGAAGAAGGAGAUGAAGAAGAAGAUGGUAAUGGAAUGGAACAGAGUGCAGGCGUCACUAACCAGGAAGGUGAGAUUUCUUUGAAAGGGAAUGAUGAGAACUCAGAGGAUAAAGAGAAUGCACCACCAACGUAUUAG